AUGUGUUCUCGUCAAUAUUUAUUAUUGGAUCAGCUAGGUCCAGCAAUCGUUUCAAGAAUACUUGCUCCCACAGGGCUCUCUCCCGAAGAUAUUGAAUCAAUCACAUCUCCGUUUAUGAACCUUGCAAGAGAGAUGGAGACCGAGCCUAUAAGUAGUGAUGAAGAAAUUGAAUCAAUCGCAUAUCCGUUUAUGAGUCUUGAAAGAGAGAUGGAGACCGACCCUAUCGAUAGUGAUGCUACAGUUUUAACCAUCGGUGUUUUCGUUUUAGUUUCGGCAACGUACUCUGAGGAUCAAACGGGACAGUCAUUCAUGCAAAGUGUUCCGAGGAGUACUCCCGCCAGCAAGGAAGCGAUUCAGAAGUUGGAGACGGUGAGGCCUGAAGAUUGUCUAAAGUUGAUGAGGGAGUGCACCGUUUGUUCCGAAGAGUUUCAGUUUCAUCUUGAGAAUUUGCGGUUGCCGUGUGGUCAUGUUUAUCAUAAAGAAUGCAUCGUCAAGUGGCUGGAGAUUAGUCAUAUGUGCCCCUUGUGCCGUUACCAGUUGCCGUGUUAUGAGAAUUAG